AUGUCGCAACAACCAAUUCUCGGCUAUUGGAAAAUUCGCGGGGUAAUUUUUGCACCAUACUUGUCCAACUGUCUGACUUUUCUGCCUUAUCUUUAUCAUAAGGCCGCUUUCAGCUGCAAACCGAUUCUUUACGUCAGUGCUGACAUGACGCCAACACGGCUCGCAUAUAUAAAACGAAAUUUCCUGGAAUGAGCGUGGUAUAAUCACUGUCCGGCAAAUGUCAAAUCAAGCAACACUGUAGUGGUGACAUGUUUUCUGCUCCCAUAAUUUGAAUCGUUCGUUGCGUCUGACCGUAACACAUUUAGAAUUCCGUCGACCAAGAUAUAACCUGGUCAGGCAGAGAUUCUUUCUUUCAGUUCCAGUGUUUGUGGAGGCCGUGAGACGCUAAGCAACAUAACUUAUUUAACAUCCCAAAGAGGAUUUUUUGAAAUAUUUGGAAACCAUAUAUUGUCCGGAUACUUUAAGGUUUCAGAAUUCUGAAACUCCGAGACUAACUUAACAGACCAGCUGAGUUUUUGAAGAUUCCAAUCGAGCAUCCAGAUAUGUGCAUUACUUGGUCCAAUUGCUAAUUGCUCCGAAAAUUAUCCUCCAGAAUCCUGCUUUGGAAAUUAUCGAUGUUUAGUAGCCGGUCGUUUAGCCUUCUCAGUUUGGUGCAGUAGAAGAUCGUGCACCUGGACCAGCUGCACUGAUAUAGGUCAUUCAGUAGGAUCGUUUAGGCGGGCUUGGCAUUGCGUGUGACGCUUACUAUAGUAGUUCGUCUUCAGGUGGUAGUGCUUUGUGCUGUUUAUUUUAUUUCAAUUUUUCGACAAAAAUCCGCCCUAGGUUCCAAAACUCGCGUUUUUGAACUAUGACGAAAGUGGAUAUGGUUGAUAUCUGUCCUUGUUUCUUAUUUUAAAGAUGUGAUUUUUCCGCUCUUUUGCAGAAACAGCAUGUUUUGCACGUUAUUUAUCUGAAUAUCUGAAAUAGUUAACUGUUUGCAGGACUCCUUGAUAUUUAUUUAAAUAUGUAUUUUUGACUUCGUCUUCAUUCCGUUUUUACAUAAUGUUUCCAUAAUGCCUCCGUCGCACCGUCUCUAUUUUCUAAAACACGUCUCUGUAAGGCCACUUUUGUCUUAAAUCCACUUCAUUAGGACACACUGCUGUUUACUGUCCGGAAGUAGACUACAUUUGACGAAAUACCAGUGGCACAGCAAAAACUACUUUUGACCCAUUGCCGUGCGUAUAUGAGCAAGAGUUAAAAUCCAUACAAGCAUGUCCUCUGUUCCCGAAAUCCGGUUUUUGUGUACUGUUUUCUGUGUUAAAACCUAGUCAGAUAGAAUACCAUCCUUUUUGAAGUUUAAUCAGAUAGUGAUGCUUUGUGAGGCUACGAGUCGUCUAGAGUCUAAGGCCCUUAAAAGUUCUCUUGCAUGAUUUUUUCGACUUUUAUCUUGCGUAGGAUUGAAACACCGCUGGAGUAGGCGAGGACCAUAUUUCACUGGAGGUCAUUUAGUGUAACCUCGACAGACCCAUUUUUAUAUAUGCCUGAAAGUAGCAACAUUGGUCCUUACGACGUAGGCCCUAAGCAAAAGAUUUUUAUGAUCGAGGAUAAGCGCGUACUCUCCUACGUCGUUGCAUGCUUGCCUUUAUUUGUUUCUCCUAAGAAUAACUUCUGUUAGGGAUAACCAGCCACUACACAUGUCGGUGUUUCUGACGUACGCACGGACUCGAGCGCGAUAUUUCCGCGGAGUUGUGAUCCCAUGAUACACUUUUGAGCAAUCAGUUUCUAUCAUCGUCAAGUUAAAGACUGGACAACAGACUGCAUAAUCGUAGUUCAAAAAACUGUCAGAAACAUUUUACUCGUACAAAUCACAUUUGGACUGUCUAUUAGUAGGGCGGGUGACAAAUUUUAGCUUUAUGCGCUUAUUCAUAGUAGUGGUAAGUUGAUUGGUUGGGCUAACUUUUCUGUUUACUGUGAUUUAUUGUUCGACAAUUUAAAUUGACAACUGUGCUUAUUUAUCUCCCGUUUCAGUUGGCCCAAGCGAUCCGUCUCCUCUUCCAUUACUGCGGUGAAGAUUAUGUUGAAGAACUGUAUGAAGCCGGUGGACGUAAUUUGUUUCGCUGUCUUACUCGGUUUUUUAGCGCCCACUUUCUCCGCGGAAUCAUGGCUAAAAGUUAAAUUCAAUAAAGGUCUUGACUUCCCCAAUGUAAGUUGACUUUGCGAAAAACUCAUUAAAUUAGCUACCAUACUUAAUUGAUGGCGAAUUAAAGAUCACGCAGUCUAGUGCCGUCUUGGAAUACGUGGCUGACAAACAUGGAAUGCGUAAGUUGCUCACACCCUCUUUUAGACCCUAAACUGAUUAUCUGCCUGUGGAUAGCGCCGUCUAUUUUCUGAAUGUUGAUUCGGGACUUUUGCUAACAGUAGACCAGCAAAUUUAAGCAGAAUAAUGCAGGCUUUCAAGCGCGGGCAAAUCAAGUCGAUAGUUUUUGAAUGUUACUAGUUAUGCAGGCAUACAGUAAGUAGGGCAGUUAUGUCAGCUGCAGUCGCAUUCAGUUACGGGCCUGUAAACUCGAUUGUCACUAUUAAUUUCCACUCAAGACUGGUUUAUGAUCUUCCAUAAAGAGACCUUUGUACCCGUAGAACUACAUUGUUUCACUCCAGAUCUGUAUUUCUGAUCCGUUAAACACCAUUUUUGAUUUUAGUUCCAGGCACUGCCGAGGGACGCGCUGUUUUGCAUAUGCUGCAAGCGGAACUCGCCGACUUAAGGGGCAGCUACCUUCGCGUUGUUUACAACCCAGACUUCGUAAGUUUCUCACAUUACGCUAAAAUACGUUCCAUCGCCAGAUGCGAUAGCAGGAAACCUGUUCUUCCAUUUAAGUACAUGACUAAACAUGCUUUGCUCUAUUUAGAACAAGCUAAAACAAGGCUUCCUAGACAGCUUACCUGAAAAGCUGCAAACAUGGUCCAACUACCUGGGAAAGAAGCACUGGCUUACCGGUGACAAGGUAAUCAUACUACUUUACUCAAUUAUAUGAUUAUGUCGUAGCAUUGUGUCUUCAAUAUUUUCCUAUCUUAACAUUUUAUGUAAAAUAUGCGUGUGCGUAAGUGUUAUUCUUCUGAACCUACUCAUUUUAUAAAACUUUUAUACAUAAUACCACUCUCUUGUUCACAGAUGUGACAAUGCCAUUUGUCGCCCACUUUAGUGCGCUUUUGUGAAAAUUCUCUGCGUUGAGGUCAGAAUGUAGGAUUGGUGAGCUGCUUCUUAGAGAUUCCUGAUCACUGCGAAGUGACCUGACGAUGCCGACUCCUGUUUCUCUCGGUACUUGCUGGCUAAAUCGCUUUGCGGCGUGUCCAGAAAUACUGCAUCUAUUUGGGGACACGCGCCUUUUUUCGGUGCUCCAGAGAGUGCAAAGGCACAGCAAAACAAGUGAGUUUCGGUGAGCUCCUCCGCGCGCUCUACCAUUUUAUAUACCCGAUCGCAACCAACAGGACAACAAAGUCGCGGCUGAAUGGUUAGAAAGUUGGACCUCUAACCAACAAGUCGUGAGAUCUAGUCCAAGUUAUGACACGCCUCGGGGUAAGGUAUGUCUGGAUAACGACGGCCAGUAAGUUAACAAUGGCCAUUCCAGUCUUCCUAGUCUUUGUCGGUAAUACCAUUCUGCCUAUAUUACGCGACGCUAUGCGGCCGCUGGUUGCGCUCGAGAGAGAGCCCCAAGGCACAACGCAGGACGAGUGCGUUCGGUAGAAACGAUCGGUUAGCGCCCCUCUACCAUCGUUUAUUCCCGAUCGCAAACGACAGGACAGCAAGACCGGAGCUCAGUUGUUAGAGGCGUUAGUCUUCUAACCAACAGGUCGUAAAAUCGAGUCCAAGGUAUGACACGCCUCGUGGUUAGGUAUAGCCGGAUGACGGCCAAUAAGCCAGACGAAAGGUAUAGUCUCACGCAUAUCUCGUAAGUUCACGUGUAUGCAUGUUACUAGUUGAGUCCUGUGCAGAAUUUCCGGACCGUCUCUCUGUAGGAGGCGUGUUGUUCUCAUUUCGCACUGUAAAUGUUAUUGUGUUUUCAAUUACACAGAUCAAUUACCCGGAUUUCAACCUGUACGACCUGCUGGAUGCACUAAGAACGCUAGAGCCACCUUGCUUGGAUAAAUUUCCUAAUCUAAAGAACUAUAUGGAACGAUUUGAGGCAAGUUUCAUCUACUUGCUUUUUGAAUCCUUUUGUGGAGCAGUAGGAGCUUUAUCAGACAGUGCUAUUGUUAACUCAAGCCGGAACGAGCGUCGUAGUUGAUGGAACGAAUUAGCUUUCCGCCUUUUCAGUGAAACCUGGUAGACGUCGCUCAUCUGUUUCUGGAUACAUUUAAGUUCUUCGCAGAGUCAAAAAUCAUUCUCAAACACACCAUAUCGCUGAAGCGCUAUCCUUUUACCACGUAAACAAUCAGAUCGAUGUGCAAGGUGCGCUAAUAGCCGCAGUAGUAGUGGUAGCAGCAGCAGCAGUAGUAGUGGUAGUAGUAGUAGUAGUAGUAGUAGUAGUAGUAGUAGUAGUAGUAGUAGUAGUAGUAGUAGUAGUAGUAGUAGUAGUAGUAGUAGUAGUAGUAGUAGUAGUAGUAGUAGUAGUAGUAGUAGUAGUAGUAGUAGUAGUAGUAGUAGUAGUGGUAGUAGUAGUAGUAGUAGUAGGUCACCUGGAGCCGGUGUUUGUUGGUCUGUCCUGGUUGCAGUGCAGUUUAACCAGUUGGUGGAAACACAAGUUUUUUCUGCUGUGUAAGCGUUGAAUGCUCUCGAAGCUCAUUUCCGCGGGGACGCUGCGCCACAGUUUGUCUUUCCACCAGGCAGAAACGCAGAAAAGCGCAUUUCAAUGUGUUACACUUUAAUUUGACCAUUUUUUUCGUGGAAUAUACGCUUGCUUUACUAAAACCGUCGCAGUUGUGUUUUUCCCUUCGAGAACGUUAUUUCUAUACGUGUUUAGCGAACGCACACAUGUCUGGUUUCGCAGCUUUUGUUUGUAUUUGUCUCUGAGACUUAAUUAAAAUCUUGUUCAAGAGUGUGUUUUAAAUGAAACAGUUAACGAGGUGCGGUUAUGAAUCAAAAUGGCAUGGCUGGUAAACGGGGCCUUGCUAGGAAACGGAGAAGCCCAAAUGCGUUUAGUACGGGAACCGUUGAAACACAUGGUAGACGCAUGAAGUAUAGGUAAAUGGGCCAGUUUUCCUUCACCGGGUAUUACAUCUCAGCGUAAGUGGCGGACAACUCAAAAAUUCGCUGCGGGUACCAGUAAAGACCAUCUCCACUAGCGACAGUGGUGAUUGGCCCGCUAAGGCCACAAUGUGACCAAUCAGAACCAACCGUAGACGACAGUUGUAGGAAAAGCCUGCCAAUUGACCUAAACGCUAACCCGAAUUCUAACGUUAUUGUGAGUCAUAAGCAUAUUAGUCCGCGAAGUACCUCAAACUUAAAGCACCCGAAAGUGGCACUACGUCUACUGAAAUAUCAGGCAAGCAAUAAUUUGCGAACAAGCGGGUCCGCGUUUCCGAGACCCCUCCCCCCCCCCAGAAUAUUUUCAUAAAGUCCACAAACUUUUGGUUUCGUUUUAGAAUUUGGAGCCGAUCAAGAAAUUCCAAAGUUCGGAUGCGUAUAUGGCCCGCCCUUUCAACAACGUCAUGGCCGCAUGGCGUGGAGAUACAUAG